AUGGGACUCAGCAUCCGGCAGGUUCAGGAGGGAGAGCCGGCCAGCAACCGAGCAAAGCGUAUAAGACUCUCAAAGGACAAGAGAGAGCAUUUAAACACAGAAGAGGAGGAUUCGGAUGAAGAGCUGCAGGAAAGACAGGGGGAGGAACAAGGGGAGCGAGAGGGGCAACGGCCAGGCACUAUUCAGAUUGUGGACGACACGAAUUCUGUUCUUUCGAUGAAUUCAUCGAUGUCUUCAUCAUCUGUACCGGGCCAUGUACCCACGCUGUUGGAGACGUUGGGGAAUUUGAGAGAGAGGCUCAGCCGGGUGCGCGAGAGGCGGCGGCUGCUCACGCGGGGUGCUGCGCAGGGCACCACACCGGGCAGUGCGCAGGGCACAAUAUCAGGCAGCCCGUCGGACACCACACCAGGCACCGCGCCUGGCCUCGUGCCGUCGCCCGGUAGAGCCACCGGGCAGCUUUCGCGGGUGCCGUCGGUGCACUCGGGGCGCCCUGGGCAGUCCACGCGGUCCCUACGGCUACCGCGAAUUUUGGCCGGGGCAAGAGAUCCCGAGUGGACUGAGGCCCAGCGGCAGAUGGCCGGUGAGAGUAUUCUUUCUCGGCCAAUGCGCCACCUGAAUGCCUCGUUCCUCGUGAACGGACACCGGGCACCCUACCGGGCCUCCCACGGGGACCCCCGCAGAGAGCUUCACCGGGACCUCUGGGACGAUUACCCGGAUGGCAGCCCCGAGGGCAUCGAGCGCCGGCGGCAGAUCGUCCAGGAGCUCGGGGCAAGCUUGCGGGCGGCCCGGCAGCGGAUGUUCGAAAACUCCGGGCUCCAAUUCUAUGAUUACAACUCGUUCUUGUGGAACUUGGACUACGAUUUGCCCGCCUGCCGUCGGGACCCGGGCUGUGCACUCGAGGAGGGCCACCGGGUGGCUGGCGAGGGCGGCGACCGGUUCGCGAUUUCGCGCGAGAGGCUCACGGCACUUUCGCGAGCCUGCUUCGAACGGUUUGGUCGCGGGCUUCCCUCGGGGGUGCUAUUUGAGGAGGAGAGCGACAGCGAGGCCGAAGGGUGA